AAUUUGUAGACCACUUACCGGCAGUGGGUUUUAUUUUAGACGUAGUAGGACGCUUCCGGUUGUGGGAGGCAGUCGCUAGUUUAGUGUUUUGAAGAGAAAGAAAGACGAGUUCGUGUCUCGUGAGGAAGAAGACGACGAAGCAGAAGAACAGAACAUGGACUGUGAAGAGAAGACGUACGGUGGCUGUGAAGGUCCCGAUGCCAUGUACGUCAAACUAAUCUCCUCUGAUGGCCACGAGUUCAUUGUGAAGAGAGAACACGCACUGACAUCAGGAACCAUCAAAGCCAUGCUGAGCGGCCCAGGUCAGUUUGCUGAAAACGAAACGAAUGAAGUGAAUUUCAGAGAAAUCCCAUCUCACGUCCUCUCCAAAGUCUGCAUGUAUUUCACCUACAAAGUCCGAUACACCAACAGCUCCACAGAAAUCCCAGAGUUCCCCAUCGCACCGGAAAUCGCCCUGGAACUGCUCAUGGCUGCAAACUUCUUAGAUUGUUAAACGCACACGCCUUGCAGAUGCAAGUUCAUAAAACAGUAAACUAAACUAUUCUAAAUGUGUGGCAGAGGGACGUGUUGUGUGAUUUUUAGUUCCCACAGUAUUAGUUUUGUUCAUGCCACAGAAAUCCCUCGUGAGGAAGUGGUUAAGCAGACAGCAUGCUGAGUCUGUUUACCUUCCUCUACUAAUAAACUGAUGUGAACUGCUAUUCCCCUUCAAUAAAAAUAAUUUAAUUAUUGUCUAUA